AUGUUAUCUGAAAUUAUCAACUAGAAAUAAUAAUACAUAAAAUCUGAUACUAUAACUUUGAGUGAUUUUGGAAUUCAAACAAUUGGAUAUUCUAAUACAUUUAAAAACAUGUAUGUGAUUUGGCUGAUUAUAAUAGAACUAAGUUACAUCUCACAGGAAACAAAAUAGUGAAAUUAGAUGGAUUAGAAUAAUUUACAAAUUUACAAUACUUAAAUUUGUCUAACAAUCAGAUUGAAAGUAUAAAGGAAUUCUAACAUGUUCCAUAAUCAUUAUAGUGUUUGUUUGUAGCUGGAAAUCCUUUUACUGCUAACUUGAAUUAUGGUUAUUCUUUGAUGUGCAUACUUAUGAAUUUAUAAUAGUUGGACAAUGACAAAAUAAAUAGAUAAUUAACUUAAGAAUAUUAAAUUAAGAUGCAAACAUAUGGUUUUCAUGUAUUAGCAUAUUUUGUACAUUUUAACAAUAAAUAAUUAACUCCUAUAUUUAACAAUAGAUCAAUAAAUUAUAUACAGAAGCUUUUAAUGAUAAUAGACUAAUUAGAAAAUUAAAAUAAAGAUGAAAUUUAAGGUUUAUGUCAAUAAUUGUAAAACCUAUAAUUUAAAAAAUCUAUUGCUGAUAUAAUCUUAAAGCAUAUCUGUAAAUUUGAAAGAGAUUAAUUCAAAAGUAAUAAUAUUAAUGUUUUCUUUGCUAAUUAAGCCAUGUAAUCUUAACAUACAGAUCUAUAGAAAUUUGCAGAUGAUGAAGGAUAUUAUUAAUAAGAAGUUCUUUAAGCUUUCAUUUCAUAUGAAGAUAAUCAAUAGUUUCCUACUUUCUCUUUAAACUAGGCUUAUAAUCUUGGGAUUCUAGAUUUUAUAUAUCAAAGUACUUUGACUCAAAAUACAACAUUUAGACCAUAGGAAGACAGAAUAAAAUAAUAUGUAGAACCACCACAAUAAAAUUUUUCAUUAAUCAAUAAAAGUAAUGCUAGUGUUUAGAAAAGCAUACUUAAACCUACUAGUUAUUCAGUAUCUACUUAAUCAAAAUUUGAUGAGUGUACUUAAGAAUAUCUUAAUAAUUAUAAAAAAUAAUAUCCAUUUUUGAAAGGAUUUGAAUAGCUAAAGAAGAGUUUGCAGAAAUAUUAUUUAUAAGAAUUCAAAUUGAAAUUAAAAAAGAAAAUAAAUAGAUUAAAUUAAUAAUGUAUAGCUGGUACAUUUAAAUUGGAUUACUUUAAGAAAUUAUAUUAAAGAUACUUAAUUAAAAUAGCAUUGCAAUAGAUCAAUAGAAAAUCAAAAAUAUCUAAUAUGAUCAAUAUUCUAUAGAUCUAGAGAAAACAUUAGUAAUUGUUAUCUAUUAAACAUAUAAAGAGUGUUGUUUAUGUAUAAAAGAAUAUGGCAAAUUUACAAAGAUAAAUAUAUUUAAAAAGAGCUGUAUUUAAAUAUUUAAAUCCAAAAAUAAGGUAUGGAAAGAUAGCUAAAAAACUAUAAUUAAAGUUGUUAAUAUUAAAAAUAAAUGGAAUUUUAAGAGAAGCAUUAAAAUAAAUAAAAAUUACAGCUUUAACAUUUAAAGUAGAGAUAAGGAAAGACUUAGCAUUUUAAGUAACAUUAAAAAAGGAAAAGAAAUAAGAGUCACGUGCUUUAGAGAAUUUUAGAAAACUAAGAGAGUUGGGUAAUACUUAAUAUUGA